GCCCCUAAUUACUGGGGCCUCCUUACCUUUAACUCUCUUCCCAAUUCCCAUUCCCUUUUUUUCUUCUUGUUCUCCACUUUCCAACUCUUUACUAUCUGUCUUUCUCUCUCUUCAUCAAGUUCAUUUCGUUCGGUCUAGCAAACCUGUGGAGUUAAAGUUGUGCUGUAGAAGGUGGGUCAAACCACGGUAUUGUUUGCGAUGGCAGAAAAUCAGUCUCCAAACUUGCAACAGGAUGAUCUUUCACCAGAAGAUAACAACAUCCUUUCUAAAGUUGAUGAGAAACCAGAAGAAGCGACAAACAAACCAGCAGAAGAGACAGACAAACCAGAAGAGGCGACUUUUGGCAUGCUUGGGUCUGAUAUUGAUGAAGAGUAUGCUUUGCUAACUCCAGAACAAAAAUUAGGUUCACAGAAGCAUGAUUUCCCAGAUUAUACUCCAGACACAUUUCUAAGCUCGGUUAGUGGAAGUUCUGACAUCUAUAAUAAAGAAGGUUCCGAAACUGUGUGGUCUUCCCCGUCAUCAUCCGAUGCUGAAUCUGGUACAUAUGAUUUGCCUACUAAGAAUUAUUCGCUCCAGGAUGCGAAUGGUGAUGAAUCCCUUCAGCCUAAAGUGAUUGACUUGGAGUUUGACACUGAUGUUGUGGAAGAACAUCACCACAUAGCCAUUGAAGAAGGCAGAGAAGGUAUGCUUGAAGAAAAGGAUGUGCUCUAUAAAGAAUUGCUUGAAAAAGUGGCUAGUUAUGAGGUCGAGCUCAAAUUCACAAAGAAAAAGCUUGAAUCUUCUCAAGAAGAGAUAGCCAGGCUGAAGUAUGAGAAUUUGACUUUAGUUGAAGAGCUUGGAAGGACCAUUGAAAAGCUUUCAAUAUCCGAGGAGAAUAUGGAAGAAAUGGAGAAAAGGCUCAGAAAUGAAUUUGAAGAACAUCAGAAACAAUUUCAAGGUCAGCUUGAUUUGGCCAACAAAAGCAUUUCUCUCUUACAAGUUGAGCUGGGUUCAGAGAGAAGGCUGGUUUCGGAGUUGCAAGACACGAUUAAUAAGACCACAAAUGAUUUAUAUAAUUCUGCCCGUGAAGUUGAGGAGCUCAAUCUAGCCUUACAGGAUGCCCAAAAGGAUUUCUCCAAAGAGAAGUCACAAUUCCAAUCUGACAUUACUUGUUUGAAAGAGCAAAGGGAUGCCUUAGAAUUGAGUAACAAUUUGUUAGAGGAGCAGAUAAAGCAACAUGACGUUGAAAAUAUUGAAGCUGGAAAGUUACAGGAAGCACGAGAAACAGGUUUGUUAGACGAGAUCAAACAAUUGAACGAAAGCCUUGAUGCUAGUAAACUCAAGUAUGACAUGCUAAUGGCAGAAAGAGAUGAAACGUUUGCCAAGGUGCAGAAACUAGUUGCUGAAUUGAAUGUCUGUAAUACUAAUAUGCUACAAACGGAAGCACACAUCAGCAAAUUAACUGCCGAACAUACAGAACUGAUUGAUGAAUCAGAGAAGACACAAAAGCUAGUGGAGGAAUUUAGGUUGAAGAUAACAGAUCAGGAGAAAGAGCUGGAGAAGCAAAGGACGGUUAUCCGUGAUAGGGCGGAGGAAAAAAGAGAGGCAAUACGACAGCUUUGUUUCUCAUUGGAGUAUUACAGAAACGGGUACCAUGAACUUUGCCAGGCUUUCAUCAAGCACAGGCAGCCUGCAGUAUUGGCCGCAUAAGGAAGCAUUAAGAACAUUGUCAUAUUAGUAUUGUUCCUGAUUAAAUUUGUUAGUGUUUCUUAUUCUGUUCAGCUUCCAAUGUUAUUUUUUGUCAAUGUUUCUUGUCAUUCAAUUGUAGUAUACUUAGAACUUGUAUUAAUCAUGUCUAGGUUCCUUGUUUGACAGUCCUGUAUUAUUUCUAAUUUUCUACGGAAUAUUAUAUUUGUCCUAUAAUAGCAGUAAAAGGUGGUUUCAUAUUGUUGUAAA